UUAUGGACAAAAAAUGUAUCGAUAACAUAGUGCAACUCUUAGAAUAUAAUUGUAAUCUUCCGUGGAAGAAGAAGAAGAUAAUAUUAUCACAAAUUAACGUUUUGAUGGUCAAAUUUUUGGAAUUAUUCUCAUAAUUUUUUAGUAUUUAUUCAUUUCAUUCGCCAACCAUGAAGCGUAUUAGCGAGAAGAAGCUAGAGGCUUUUGCGGUGGGGAACAUGGGAAAGCGUACCAUGUCUAAAAAAGAACUUGAAGAGCAGAAGAAAAAAGAGGACGAGGCUGCCGCGGCACAUGUAUUUAAAGAAUUCGUUGAAACUUUUCAAGAAGCACCCAGCGCUUCGUCAAAAGUUUGGGUAAAAGCCGGUACAUAUGACGCUGGUUCAAGACGAGAAGACAAUCGUGAGAAAGGAAAAUUAUAUAAGCCGGGUUCAAGGCUGGAUGAGAAAAGCGCUGCAGAAAAAGCCCAAGAAUAUGCAAAAAUGCUUGCCUCUGAUCUGAAAAAAGAUACAAUAUCAGCUAAAAAGAAGAGUCAAGAAAAGAAAAAAAGUAACUUAGAAUUGUUUAAGGAAGAAUUAAGACAAAUACAAGAAGAACGUGAGGAACGUCACAAAUACAAGCAUUUAGCUGGACAAGCUGUAGCCCAACAGGUUGUAGAAGCUACGCCAGAAGUUCGAGAAUCUGGCUCCUUUGAUACAGGCGAUCCAAAUACAACUAAUCUGUAUUUAGGCAACCUCAGUCCCAAGAUUUCAGAACAGCAACUAAUGGAAAUUUUUGGGCGUUAUGGACCGCUUGCCAGUAUAAAAAUUAUGUGGCCUCGAUCUGAGGAGGAAAAGCAAAGAGGACGCAAUUGUGGUUUUGUUGCCUAUAUGAGUCGUAAAGACGCAGAAAGAGCACUAAAGACACUAAACGGACGUUAUAUUAUGGGUUAUGAAAUGCGACUUGGCUGGGGAAAAUCUGUACCAAUUAUGAAUCAACCAAUCUUUAUACCACCAACAUUACUAGAGUUAACAUUACCUCCACCGCCAUCUGGCUUACCAUUUAAUGCUCAACCGCCACCAGCAGAAGCACAAACUUUACCAAGAAACAACUAUAAAGAGUAUACGUCGGAAGAUGAGAAAGAAAAUAUGGAAAAAGUACUCUAUAAAUCUAUCGUAAAGGUAUUCAUACCGACUGAAAAAGCUGUACUCAAUAUUAUACAUCGCAUGAUUGAGUUUGUCAUACGUGAGGGUCCCAUGUUCGAAGCUUUGAUAAUGAGUCGAGAAAUGGAAAAUCCAUUAUUUUCUUUUCUAUUUGACAAUGAAAGUCCUGCUCAUAUAUACUAUCGUUGGAAACUAUUCUCAUUAUUACAAGGCGAUACACCCACAGAAUGGAAUGAGAAGGAAUUUCGUAUGUUUAAGGGCGGGCCAAUAUGGAAACCGCCGAUAGCAAACUUCUAUACCAUGGGUAUGCCAGAAGAGCUUGUCGUCGAUCCGGAUGCGACUAUUGUACACAAGGGAGCACUAUCAAAUGCCCAACGUGAUCGUUUAGAGGACCUUCUACGGCACAUAACGCCUGAGCGCUCACGCAUUGGUGAUGCAAUGAUAUUUUGCAUCGAACACGCUGACGCUGCAGAUGAAAUUUGCGAAUGUAUUGGCGAAUCGUUGGCCAAUCCAGACACAUUGGCAUCCAAGAAAAUAGCACGGCUCUAUUUAAUAUCUGAUAUUCUACAUAAUUGCACUGUGAAAGUCUCAAAUGCAUCAUUCUUUAGAAAAGCAAUUGAAAAACAUUUACUGGAUAUAUUCGAAAAUAUUCAUAUUUUUUUCAACUCUAUGGAAAGUCGGCUAAAGGCUGAGGGCUUCAAGUCGCGCGUUAUCAAUGUUAUUCGCGCUUGGGAGGAAUGGACGAUAUAUCCCAAAGAAUUUUUAGCCAAAAUAAAAAGUGUGUUUUUGGGAAAACAGAUACCGCCAUCUCCUCCACCAGUCGAGGAAUUCAUUGAAGAAGCACACGAGGACAUUGAUGGUGCGCCAUUAUCAGGCGACGAAAAGGAUGAUGAAGAUUUAGAUGGAAUACCAUUGGAUGGUGCAGCUUUGCUAAAGAGUGCACUAAUGCGUGGCUUGCCCGAUGCGAUGUCAAUACAGAAAAGUACACCCACGCGUGAUAUUGGUAACGACGACGAUGAUGAUGACAUCGAUGGAGUACCACUGGAUGAAGACAUAGACGGCAUACCAUUGGAAAAGUUGUCAUCAGAUCAUAACGAUGCUCAGUUCAAAGCAAAUUCUAAGGGUGGUGCGUUCAUACCAUCAAAGUGGGAAAUUGUUGAUCCCGAACAAGUGGAAGCACAAGCAAUCACUACCAGCAAAUGGGAUACACUCGAUCCGCCUCAAGCACCAAAGUUCUACGACUCUAGCGACGAUGAACAGGGCAAUAGUAAUGCUGCUCAAAGUUACGAUGAUGACAAACGCACAAAGUUGCGUGAGAUUGAAAUGAAGACUAUGCAAUAUCAAGACGAAUUGGAAGCAGGCAUGCGGCAACUCAAAUCUGGCUGGACAAUGAGUGAUCAAGUCGAGCAUUUUAGGCGCAAGCUGCUGAAAAAGGAUAAUGAGGCUACAGAUUCGCCGCUCUCUUACAUGAAUGUAAAAGAACAGCGUCGAGGCAGUGAAUCACCGGACAGUUCUAGCAAACGUGCGCGUCGCCAAAAGCGUUCCCCAUCGCCAGCACAAUAUCAGAGCAGUACUUCACGUUCAUCACCGACACCACGUUCAAGCCGCAAGCGCUCACAUUCUCCAUACACAACGCGUCGUGAAGUGUCGCCAACCCCAAGCAGCACACGCAGUAAUAAAUCUUCCAGGCGAAAUCGUUCGCGUUCACCAUCAGAUUCUCCUAAACGCUACACAACAGAACGGGUAACAUAUUUAUCUAAAUCAACUCGUUAUGAGAAUUCGCCACGUCCACGUCGAUCACCAUCCCCGGCCUACAGCUCAUCGCGUUCAUCGAAACGCGAUGACAGAGAACGUGAAUAUCGUAGUGAGAAGCAUAAGAGCCGGCAUAGGCAUUAAUUUGAUUCCAUUGUUUUGGAAAUUCAAUAAGAUAAUUAGUCAUCUAUGUAAUCGUAAAUGUAUUACACAUAACAUAUACAAUAAUAAUCACAUUAAAUCAUGAAUACAUAAUGCAACUUCAUAAAUAAAAAAGUUUUAUUAAAUC